UUCCGGAGAGGUAGUUCAACUAUAAAAGGUAGCGUAAUGAUAAUCACUGGUAUCAGUCUGCAACAUUUCCUUCGUAUCAUAACUAUCUUGUGGCUAAGCACGCAACAAACAAUCAUCAAAAUGUUCAAAAUUGUUUUCCUGUUCGCCGUCAUCGCCAUUUGCUCGGUUUCCGCUGAGCCAAAACCGGGCGUAUUCGCCUACAGUGCCCCACUGGUAGCGGCUCCGGUUGUUGCGGAAGGAGGUGCCGUUUAUGAGCGCACUUACCAUGGUAACUUGGCACCAUUCUCCCCAUAUGCUGCGUACGUAUCGUCUCCCUAUGUUGCCGCUCCGUUGGCGUACUCCGCUCCCUACGUGGCAGCCGCCCCAGCGCCCCUGCUGGUCAAGUAAAUGAUUUUGUGAAUCCGCUGAAUCAACGCACCAAACCUCGCUAGUCCAAUAGUUCAUUCAUGGUUUUAGUAACAAUACAGAGUCAUUUGAAGUAAA